AUGUUAUAAACUAAUUUUUUUAUAGCUAAAAGUCAAAGUUAGAAAUGUGAUCCUUUUAAACACCAGAACCAAAUGGUACUCUGUUGACAAACUUUAAAACACCAGAACCAAAUGGUACUCUGUUGACAAACUUUAAUGCAAGAAUGGAUACACUUGACUUAAUAUAUCUAAUGAUACUUUUCAUAUCAAUCCCAUUUGGUCAUAUUGUAAAGACUGCUGGCAGUCCUUCUAUUAAGAGGUUAUUAUGUUUUGGUGGUGGCAUGGUUAUUGUUCUUAUUCUCGUUGGUUGGAAAGGAAUGAUCCACUCCUUUAUUGUAGUACUGGGAAACUUUGUUUUAGUGCAAAUCUGUGGACCAAGAUUUUGUCAUUCUGCUUCAUUUUUUUUUGUGUUUGGAUAUUUGUUGUUUUAUCGUUUGUGUGCUUCAAUGGGCUUUCCCGCACCACCAAAGCAUUCAAAUGCGGUGCAGCUGUUAGUAACACUAAGGAUGAUCAACCUUGCAUUUGAGUAUCACGAUGCAAACGAGAGAAAAGAAUCAAAAGACGACAGUUGGGAAAAGUUUAGAAUCAAAAAAGAAUUUUCAGCCUCAUUAUUUGAUUACUUUGCUUAUGGCUACUGUUACAUUGGCUUAAUGACAGGCCCUUUUUACACUUACCAAACGUUUCAAGAUAUGCUGUACCAGGAUGGAAAAAAAAUAUCUACAGUGUGGCCAGCUAUUCGCAAUUUGAAAUAUUUGCCAGUUAUCGCAAUACCUUAUCUUGUACUUAAAUCUAAGUUUCCCCUGGAAUACCUUGAAAGUGAGGAGUGUUUGCAACAGGGAAUGAUCCAUACUUUGCUCGUAAUGGUUCCUGUUAUGGCCUGGUUUCGAUGGAGGUUUUAUAUAGGUUGGUUACUUGCAGAGUCAAUGUGUAUGUCAGCUGGUCUUGGAGCUUACCCAUUCGAAUGCAAAGCUAAACCUGGUCUUGGUCCAACAUAUGCAAUUCCAAGUGGUGUGGAUUCUGAGAAAUCUGCAAAACAGCAUGAUGGUGAUACACAUGACUUUGCUACGACACACAAUAUUGAAAUCUUUCACUGUGAAUACUCUGGCUCAUUAAAAAGUACUAUGAAGAUAUGGAACAUGACUGUGCAAUGGUGGAUGGCAACUUAUAUUUACAAAAAACUGUCAAUCAAAUCCAAUCAAAUCAGAAUGGUUUUAUUAUUAGCUGUAAGUGCUUACUGGCAUGGAUUACACGCUGGUUAUUAUGCCUCGUUUCUGUCUGCACCGUUAUUUAUAUUUGCUGAGACAAGAAUAUCUCAGCGCGUGACACCAUAUUUAAGCGAAUCACAAAAAUACUGGUGGAGUUGGCUAACUUGGUUUUUUGUGUUCCGUUAUUUAGAGUACAUUGCUAUUCCGUUUAUGUUUUUGAAGUUUGAAGUUUUAUGGAAAAUUUGGAGCAGAAUUUAUUUUUGCGGGCAUGUUUGGACGAUAGCGUUAGUUUUUAUCUCCAUGUUAAUUCCUGUUAAAAAAAGCGAGAAGAAAUCUAAUUGAUAAUCAGUGGAGUGAAGUGGAUUUGUAAAAAAUGUUAUGUUUAUGAUUCAUCAUCCUUAUAGAUUGGGUUUGGGCAAUCAGCAAGUUUCUCUUAAGAUAGACUUCUUGAUGUAAUAUCAAAGGCUUAAUACGCACCAAAAGGACCUAAUUAUAUUUUUAUCUUCAUUCAAAUAAACAUACUUUUGUGUGACUAGGAAUAUUUAACUGAACUUAUUUACGUGUGACCAGGAAUAAACGUAGAGAUGAAAACUUCCACAGAAAAUUUAACUUUUAAGUAAAUUUGAGUCUGUAUAGUUAAUGACAUUGUAAAUGUAGUAUACAUCAAUUUUGAAUAUUUAUAGUAUUUGUAUUUUUGAUACUUUAUAAAAUUAUUUUUGUAACUUUGGGAUAUUUAUAUGAUUUGCUAUGAAUCAGAACCAUUGACACCUGAUGAUCAUGACUGGGCGACGGAGCACAAAAUUUAUUUUCAUGCCUUAAAUAGCAUUUUUAUUUUGUCAUUCUUUAACUUGAAGAAAUGCUUACCUAGAAAAAACAUAACGGAUGCGAGACAUUACGGUGUUGUUGGUUCUGUGCCAGUUUGUGUAGUUAUUUUUCUAAUAAACUUUAAUUUUCUUAUUUUAUUGUUAUUAAUUUUAAUUUUUUGUAUCACAGGGUAUUUAAUUUUUGGAAAAUCUGUGCUUCAAUUUAUUUAGCUAAAUGGUUUAUGAUGUGAGCUUAUUUUUGGGUUUAGUGACUUUUAUGAAAUUUGAUAUUGGGAGGGGAGGGGGAAUUUUUAUUGUUGUAAUUUAUUUCAAAACAACACGCAGAUGGAGACAACAUGGAAAGCAUUCAAAUCGAUUUAUAAGUUUUAUAUGCACUUUCAUUUAUCUUUCAAUUAUUGCCAUAUUUAUAUGUAAGAAUUUUUGGGUGUUAUAUUUAAUACAUGUAUUUUAAUAUUUUAAAACAUAUUUCUGUUGCUGUAUAUUAUUCCAA